GAUCAGCAGCAGAGAAAAGUUUCUCAGUUCAGCGGCUGAUAGACGGACAGGAGAUGUUGGUUCUGGUUCUGGUUCUGGUUCUGGUCGUUGUGCUUCAGUUUGAAGGAACCAGAGGAGGAAAAAUUCAUCUCUAUCACAGAGAAGGAGAAAAUGUUGUUCUACCUUCAGAGAGACCUUCAUCAGAUUACCCAUGCUCCAAUAUUUUUUGGCUUUACAACAGAAAUAAAAGAACAAUUCAAUUAGAGCUUGAACAUGGAAAAGUUGUUCAGAGUUCACCUCGAGCUUCCAGGUCAAAUAUGGACAGUAACUGCUCUCUGACCAUCAACAACAUCACUGCUGAUGAUGCUGGACUUUACGACUAUAUACCUGAUCCAGGAACCUCCUCAGAUCAUUUUGUCUAUCUGAGUGUUUUAACCAUUUCAGUCGCUGAUCCAACAAAGGAGGAUUUCACAUUACAAUGUUCUCUGUGGAGAUACGAUAACCUGGGUCCUUGUCCAGAGAAAAGUUUCCUCUGGUUGGACGAGACAGGAACUGAACUGACCAGUAGUAGAGAUGAUUACAGCUCAAGACAAAAAUGUUUUUCUUCUCUAACUGUGAAGCAUCAGAGCGACACCAACACAAGAUUCACCUGCCAGUUUAUUGAAGGAAACAAAGUGAAGGUUGAAGCUCAAUACACAGAAGUCCAUCUCUACCACAGAGCAGGAGAUGAAGCUGUUCUACCCUGUAACAGACCUUCAUCAUCCGACUCAUGUUCCUCUGUUAACUGGACUUAUAAGAAAAAUGACAACAUGAACAAGGAACAGGAAGUUCCUCGUUCUACCAGUUUGGACAGAAUUUGUUCUCUGAUCAUCAACAACAUCACAGCUGAGGAUGCUGGACGUUACCGCUGCAGAUAUAAUACAAAUGUUUAUCUAAACAUGAUGAUCAUCUCUCCACUAGAUGCUGAUCCAACAGAUGAUGAUUUCACAUUACAGUGUUCUCUGUUGAGAUACAGAUCAUCAGGUUCUUGUCCAGUUAAAAGUCUCCUCUGGGUGGACGAGACAGGAAGUGAACUGACUGGUGAAGGUUAUGGAUAUAAAUCUGGAGGACAGACUGGUUGUGUUUCUCAUCUGACUGUGAAUCUUCAGAGCAGCAGAAGAUUCACCUGCCAGUUUGUUGAAGGAAACAACGUGAAGAUAGAAGCUCACUAUGGAUCUGAAGGCCCCCCCGCCUCGUCUCCUCUGAGCUUCAUCAUGUUGACUCUGAAGAUCACAGGACUGAUCCUGAUGGUUGGAAUCACUGUUGGUAUCAUCAGAACCAGAGGGAGAAAAAAGCCUCAGAAAGACAUUAAUGUUCGUUUUGCUGUUGAUGACGACACAGUGAAUUAUGGAAAUGAUGGAGAACGUUCUGCUGCCGCCGCGCUCCACUGAGCUUCAUCACAUCAGUUACAGUUUAUAGAAAACAAUGUUUCAUUUUAAUUAUAUCCCAGCUCAAAAUAAUCUUUUGCAACAUGUUAAACUCUCUGUAGUAUUUUUAACUGUUCAAUUCAGUUUCUUCAAUAUACAUGAAAACCAUCAUAAAUAUGAUAAAAAGAUGUUUGUAAAAACUAAAAAUAGUUUGAGAUGAGAAACCUAAAAAUAUGGAAAUAUGUUACUUAUUUCUGCUUAGUGUAAAUAAAAGCUUUGAUGCAUAUUCUGAUUUA